CAGCUUAACAAAUAUGGGACUUCUGCCCACCCAGAAGUCAUUUUUCCCACUCUGCUCCCUGGAAUCACUUAUAAGUCUGUUCAAAUGGGAACUGUCACGUCCUGAGCCUGACCUAGCUUUGCUUUCACUUACUCUUGGCUUUGUUGAGCACUUUUUAGCUGUUAAUCGAGUAAUUCCAACUAACAUCACGAGUAUACCUGGGGACCCUGAAUUAUUGUCUAAAAUUAGUGGUGAAGGAACAAAAGCAAAACGUGGUGACUUAACAAGCCAGGCAAACCAAGGUUGUAGUAAAUCUGAACAGGGAAAUAGAGGAGCUAGGAAUGAUCUGUCCAAGAAGAGAGGUGUGGCAAGAAAAGAAAAGGAAAUCUGUUCCAAGCAAAUUGGUGCAAAACCUACAAAAAAGGAAGUGAACAAAGCAGGGGAAGAAGCCUUGGAAAUGAAAAAAGACAAGGAAGUAGUGGUUGAAGAGAACAUGAGUUUUGAAGAAAGUUCAUGGAUUGGACCUGGGAAAGAUAGCACAAAGAAGCUGGAUGAGCAUGCAAAGCAAGGAUUUAUUCAGCAUGGAGUGCCCUAUUUUCCAACCAUGGAAUUAGCUGUAGCUCAGGCACUACAUGCCCGCUUUACAGCUCAAACGAGGGGUGCUGUGGAUUUGUCUUCCUAUCCACGAGAAAAUGGUGCAUCUGGCCGAGAUUUAAUUCGCAGAGUUGCUGAUGUCAUCUGGAAUGGUCUCAGUCGAUCUUAUUUUAAAGACAGAGCGCAUAUACAAUCACUUUUCAGCUUUGUAACAGGAACAAAGCUUGACUCGCCUGGUGUGGCCUUUGCAGUUGUUGCUGCCUGUCAAGUCCUAGGUCUUACUGAUGUGCAUUUAGCUCUUUCUGAGGACCAUGCAUGGGUUGUAUUUGGAAAAGAAGGGGAGCAGACAGCUGAAGUUACCUGGCAUGGCAAGGGUAAUGAGGACCGAAGAGGGCAGUCUGUAAAUCCAGGCAUAAUAGAAAAGAGCUGGUUGUACUUAAAUGGGAAAUUUCUACAUUGCGACCGUCACAUGGAAGUGGCUUUCAUGGUCUGUGCCAUUAACACUUCAAUUGAUGCUCACACAGACAGCCUGGAGUUACUGCAGCUGCAACAGAGUUUACUUUGGGUUCUUUAUGAUGGAGGACACCUGGGCAAGUAUCCAAUGGCUUUGGGUAAUUUAGCAGACCUUGAAGACCUUGCUCCAACACCUGGGCGUCCAAAGCCCCUUGAACUCUAUCAUAAGGCUAUACAGUCCUCCAAAGUACACUAUGAGAAUCAGCACUUGUAUCCACACAUUUAUUUGGCUGCUUAUCACUGCCGGAACAAGGAUGUAAGAGAAGCAUUAAAAUCCUGGGCUGAGACCUCAGCAGUUAUUCAAGAGUAUAACUAUUGUCGUGAAGAUGAGGAAAUCUACAAAGAUCUUUUUGAUAUUGCCAAUGACUUAAUUCCUAACCUUUUGAAAGAGGAGUCAGUGUCCAACAAUCAGGCUGGUACUGCUCUUCAGGAUCCAUCUUGUUUUGCAAACCUUCUGCGUUUUUAUGAUGGAAUCUGUAGGUGGGAGGAAGACAGCCCAACGCCUGUGUUGCAUGUGGGCUGGGCAACUUUCCUUGUGCAGUCGCUUGGCAGAUUUGAUGCACAGGUACGACAGCAGGUUACACUUGUAAGUUCGGAACCUGCUACUGAAGAUGAAGACUGUGAAGAAAUGAGACGAAGAGCCCCACGGCGGGAUUCAAGGCCUGGGGAGCCUGUUCCCCCUGUUCAUCGCCCAAUCCCAGAACCAAAAGAAGAAGCAGGAUUUACACAAUCGCUCUCUCUUAGUUUCCAGAGCCAGAAAAUGAAAGGAAUGAAAGAGCUUUUGAUAGCUGCAAAAGUAAACUCCAGUGCUAUAAAAUUGCAACUCACUGCUCAGUCACAAGUGCAGCCAAAGAGAGUACGAGCACCUGGGUCAAGAGAUUACAAUCUUGGAUACUUGAAAAGACAGCGCAAAGGGGCUUAAGAAUGGAGUG